UCUACCGGUACUUUAUUCAUGUCUUCCCCGGUUUCGGUGCUUUGAUAUGUUUAACACGUUGAGCGCCACGCGAAUUUUUAAAGAAAUCACCGUCAGGCCACGCGCGCUGCUUAGAAGCGCUGGUAUUGCGGUAUAGCACUGCGAAGCGCACUACUAACAUAUUGAAAUUUAUUCGAUGCAGAUGUGUAAAUAUAUCAGGGCCAUUGUAUCUUAUCGCAGUAGAAGAUAUUUACGUUUCGAAUGAAAUGCUUACAUUCAUUCAACACGUUAUGUGCCAAGUCUGUUUUAUCUUGUUUAUCGUUCGGCCUGCUAGAUAAGAUUUCAUGGAAAUCGGCUCGCGGCCGGGGUUCUGUUUACAACAAAUUCUUUGCGGUUCUUGGUCCAGUGCAGAUAGAAAAUUUUCUUUAGCCUUGAACGUAAAAAUGUCAGUCGAAGAGUGUGAAAGCGAUAGCAGUGAAAAUAUUUUUGCUAAAAAACGGCCUAGAGUGGAUGUAUUUUUAUCAUCUGAGGAAGAGGAGGAGAAUGUUGGAGAAUGGCAUGAUCCGAGGGGUAAUCAACCAAACAUUGUUCCUUUUACACAUCCUUUUGGAUUUGUAAGUGAAAAUUUGCAUAUAAGGUCAGAUAUAGCGAUAGAAACCUGCUAUGAAUUAUUUGUGCCGGGCAAAUUGUUCGAGGAAAUCGCCGAACAAACGAACUUACAUGCAUCACAGCAAUUAAAAGGUGGAUGCACGCAGCGCUUGGUAAAGUGGACAGUGACAAAUAAAAGUGAAAUAAAGAGAUUUUUUGGGCUAAUUCUAUGGAUGGGAUUAGUGAAAUUACCAGCCAUAUAUUUAUAUUGGUCCCAUGAUCCUGUGUAUAUGCAAACGUUUCCGCAAAAAAUCAUGUCUAGAAACAGAUUUGAACUGUUAUUGAGAAUGCUACAUUUUGCAGAUGACAGAAACAGUAAUGGUUCCAAUCGUUUGUUCAAAAUACAACCAGUUAUAGAUACUUUGGAAAUGAAUUUUAAAAAAUAUUACAAUCCAACCAAGGACAUGUGUAUUGAUGAAUCCUUGAUUCCGUUUCGUGGCCGCAUUAUAUUUAGACAAUAUUUAAAACAAAAGCGCCAUAAAUAUGGAGUCAAAAUAUUUAAGUUGUGCUGUGAAUCGGGUUAUACGUAUGCUCUUCGUGUAUAUACAGGGAAAGCUUUAGAAAAAGAAAAUACUACGCCUACUAAAAUCGUAAUGUCUCUUUGCAGAGAUUUAUUCGAUAAGGGACACACGCUAUACACUGGCAACUGGUAUACAAGCUUGGAAUUAGCGGAAAAAUUAAUCAAUAAAAAUAUUCAUUUAGUAGGAACAUUACGUUCAAAUCGACAAGGAAAUCCGCAGCAAGUAAUAUCGAAAAAAUUAAAACGGGGAGAAAUCAUUGCAAAAGAAAAUAAACAAGGAAUAACGAUUUUAAAAUGGAAAGAUAAGCGGGACAUCCUAGUUCUAUCGACAAAGCAUUCAUCAGAAAUGGUGAAUGUUGAAAGUCGAUCAGAACACAAGUUAAAACCGCAAAUUAUAGUCGACUAUAACAGAGGAAAGGCAGCUGUCUACUUAUCCGACCAAAUGAAUGCCUACAAUAAUCCACUAUGCAAGUCCAUGAAAUGGUACAGAAAGCUAGCCUUUGAACUGUUAUUGAAUACUACAGUUCUAAAUAGUUACAUUUUAUAUAAAGAUAUCACGAAGAAGAAUAUCAGUAUUACUGAAUUCCGGGAAAAAUUAGCAGUACACCUUACAAAUUGCCGAGAAGAAGACAUUCCAUCUGGCAGUAUUGCAACAACUUCUAAAAAACGACACAAACACCAAAAACAACCUGGAAAAGUCUCUGCAGUGCGAAAAUAUUGUAAAUUAUGUUAUGAAAAAAAUGCGAAACAAUCUGGUAGAGCAAUGGCCAGAAAAAUGACUAAACAAGUUGUCACAUUUUGUGAUACAUGCGAAGGACAACCGUUUUUAUGUUUACCAUGUUUCAAUAAAAUCCAUUAAAAUGCAUUAAUGAUAUAAUCCUGUAAUAAAUAAAAAUUAAGUAAAUUUUAAAUAAAUUUUCAGUAAUUACUUAAAAAAAUGUAAAUUUUUUAGUUUUAUAUCAUAUUUUACGCCGGUAACUGACGCGGCCUAAACGGAAAGUUCAGUGUCAGUCACCGGUGACUGACGUGGCACUCAACGUGUUAAAUUUCUCAUGUACGACAAACAUUUGCUUGGACUUUGCAUUUUCGAGUAAAAUGAAUUACACAGCGAUAAAUGAGUCGAGGACCGAUCGUUUGUUGAUGUUUACACCGCGUGCACCGCGAACGCAAGAACGUCAACGAUUCGAUUUAAUUGCUCUAUUGGGAGAGGAAGAGGAAAUUGACAUUUCGGGAUUGAGCGGUAUAACAUGAUCGUCUUAUUUUUUAAUGUAGCAUUAUUAUUUAAGUUUAAGAUAAUUUGCGAGAAAUUCUCUAAAUUCAAGUAUAGCUCGAUAUUAAUGUGCGAACGGAUCAACAAUUUGGCGUAUCCUGUUUUAUUGAAAAUAUUCACAAUAUCUGUUUUUAGUUGAAGCAGCUGGGAAAUUUAAUACAUACUUGAAAUUUUAUAAAAAAACUUCACGGAUCUGGUAGGUCAAACGUGGAACAUAUAUGCGGCAUCUGCUCUGUUUGGUUUUCAACGUGAUGACAUCUUGAAACUGUAUUCAAAGAA